GAAAGAGGCCAAAUCCCAAGAAAACCGCAAGAGAAUCGUUGCGCUCCAACUAUUCAUCGUCCACGUUCAAUCUGACCCACCAACUUCUCGCGCUCGCUCUCACUCUCGCUCAUGCAUUCACGAGUGCAAACGCGGCGACGUGACUCUCACGAUCUUGCAUUCCAUUUCAUUGCACUCCAAAACACGUUCAAAUCUAACCAAACGCCCCCCCUCUCCCUCUCCCUCUCUCGUGGAUUCAUUGCUGUCCUAGUGCCCCUCGUGCAAGAUACCCUCUUCACCAACUGGACGCCAUCAACGAGCCUUGAGAUCUCUCCACCAUCUUCUUCGACUUCAUCGCCAUCGCGGGGUCGUGGUAACUACUCUCGGCGAUCUCUCGCCAGUUCCUUUAAGUUUCUUCUUCAGUCGAGUGCAUCUUGGAUAGAGGAAUGGAGGGUACAGUCUCCAUGCAUCCUUCUUCUUUUCUCUUUUGAAGAUCAACUGUUUGAUCGCCUCUCCUAACCGUAGGCUUUGUUAAGUUAGGAGUGUGUUCUGAUAAUGGCUUUUUGGAUGACCCAAUUGGCUCCUUGAGCUAAUAUAUUCGAAGAUCGGCGCUUGAUGUAUGCGCGAAUCUUGGAUUCGUGACCGCGGACUAAGAGUGCUUUCGUUUUGCAUCGUGGGGAAUGCAAAUCAGAUUGCUUCGAUUGUUGGCAUUGAAUCGGGUCACUUCAUUAGGCAAUUGAUGUUCUUGAUGUCAGAUUGAAGGAAGCCCUUGAUAGAUUUGGGGUGGAAAAAGUCAUCUCGGUGUUCCUUGGAAUCUGGAAUGAAUAGAGAGAUUAUGGCUAGAAGCAGGGGAGACAAAGAAGAUGCUGAAAAGCACACGGGAUUGCUAAAACUCGCGCAGAUCCUAUCGUCUCUGGUCAUUUUCGUCGCCGGUAUUAUAAUCGGCCUCACGACGAGCUCGCACAUGAAUAACUAUUUCGCUUCUCAGACAGAACUGUUUUUCUCUACUAACCAUGUCUCAGCCUCGAUGAACAGUCCCGAGAAGAAUUGUACCCUGUGUGAGAAGGUGGAUUGUCUAAGCAUGGGCACUUUCUUGUUUCCUAGGAACUCGACUCAUGGCAUGUCAGACGUCGAGCUCUUGUGGAGAGCAUCAAUGGUCCCAAGAAAGCGGGACUACCCUUUCACUAGAGUGCCUAAGGUGGCUUUCAUGUUUCUGACAAGAGGGCCGUUGCCGAUGCUGCCAUUGUGGGAGAAAUUCUUCAAUGGCCAUGAGAGCCAUCUUUAUACAAUCUAUGUGCAUGCACUUCCCGGGUACGAGCUCAAUGUGUCGAGCACUUCUCCAUUCUAUGGACGGCAGAUCCCGAGUCAGAAGGUUGCGUGGGGAACAGUACAACUCGUUGAUGCCGAGAGGCGACUUCUAGCAAAUGCCCUGCUUGACUUCUAUAAUGAGCGAUUUGUUCUGCUUUCGGAGAGCUGCAUUCCGGUCUACAACUUCCCCACGGUGUACAAGUAUCUCACUGGUUCAGACCACAGCUUCGUGGAGUCGUAUGACGAUCCAUCUCGUUAUGGACGUGGUCGUUACAGCCGCAGUAUGCUUCCUUACAUUAGGCUCCACCAGUGGAGAAAAGGGUCUCAGUGGUUCGAGAUGACUCGCAACUUGGCAACUUAUAUAGUGUCCGACACCAAGUACUACUCCCUCUUCAAGAAGUACUGCAAGCCUGCUUGUUACCCGGAUGAGCAUUACAUCCCAACUUAUCUGAACAUGUUCCACGGAUCGAAAAACUCGAACAGGAGCGUCACUUGGGUCGAUUGGUCUCUGGGUGGGCCGCACCCUGCUACUUUCAGGGAAUCUAACAUAACGGAAGAUUUUAUUCGUUCUAUUAGAAAUAAUGCUACGCACUGCUCCUACAAUUCAGGAAAGACAUCUCUUUGUUACCUCUUUGCACGGAAGUUUGAUCAGAGCGCGUUGGCGCCGUUGCUCAACAUCAGUUCAGCUGUGAUGGAGUUUUAGCUAUGUCAGUGUAGUGAAGACUGAAGAGACUAUAUCUUGAUUCUUUGAAGUCUGCACAUGUAUUAGGACCCCUCUAGUAGGUCUUCCGCGUUCAGGCAGUCUCGGCCAAAAUUUUUGGAUUUUAUUUGGUCUCGCAGACAUUGAAUGAGAUUCCUGUUUCUUUUUACAGGCACGUUGUAGUGGCUUCUGUAUCUACAAAACUGAACUGUUUCAGGAGAUACUUCUAAUAGAUUGUUACUUCGUACGACUGACGUUGAAGCGCUAGUUGCCACAUAUAGCUCCAGUGGUGCAUUGACAGGCUCUCUGUUGGUGCAUAUGGUACCAGAGGUGCAAUCAUGGCUCAACCAUUGGGCGGGCUCUCUAUUAAGUAGAUCUAUCCAUCACCAUAUAGAAGCGCAACUUCCACAUAAGACCUGAGAAGCUCAUUAACAUUAAGCAUCGGAAGGGACGCCUCUCAGCCGGAGGAGUAGGCGCUGAGUCAUGGAUAUACGCUUUCAGAUGUCCAAGAUAUUGCCAGGUUCUUUCAAUUGUCAUUU